AGUGAGCCGAGAUCGCGCCAUUGCACGCCAGGCUGGGCGACAAAAGCGAAACUCCGUCUCAAAAAAGAAAAGAAAAGAAAAGAAAAGAAAAAUGUGCAAAGCAACAAAAAAGAGCUGGAGAGAUGGAAACAACUCUCAGAAGACCCUGGCAUAACCCGCGUGCGUCACGGGCCGCAAGGGUCUUCCCGUCCAGCGAGCCGCCGCCGGCGCCUGCGCACUGACCCGGCCCGCAGCCGGAAGCCCCGGGGUGAGACACUUUCGGAUUCUGUGGCAACGGCCGGAUUAAACCUUUUUCUUCUCCAUUACUGUUGAACCCACGCUGUGAUUUAGAACACAAGAAACCCCAAGAGGCUGAAGGGAUUGUCUUAGCUGUCUCCCUCCUCCGCCGGCACCGCCGAAGGCAGCCCCUAUUGAGGCCACUAAGCCGCGGGGUCCUGGGUUUCUAUGACGACAAACAGGCGUUCUAGGAAAGGGCGAAGUGACUGGAUGCCGGGUGGGAACGCAGUGUGUGGGUAGGAUCGUGGGUGUCCCUUUCCCGUCAUUUUAAAUCAAGAAACAGUGCGAGCCCUGCACAGCUCCCGAGUUUGUGGAACUGGCGCGCGAGCCCGCUGCCUGUGGGGAAGGUCGGGGUCCCCAGCCGAGCUACUUGCGGAGAGUGGCGCCCGUCAGGGGUGCUGGCGGCCGCCGAGCGGGUCCUUCCCGCCCUCCUCCGUGACCCUGACCCUGACCCUGACCUGACGCGUCCGCUAAGGCUUCUUAAUCGCGUCACAUGACCCUAGAACAUAGCGGUCGCCCCGAAGAAGGAAAACCAUGCUAGAUGAAUUCUUAACUGCGAUCUGAACCUAAGUACUUAAUGGGUGUCGUCUUUUUUUUUCUUUUUCCCUCUGGCUGCAGGACUAUGUAACAGCCUGCAAGUCCCAGUGCGGCGCUGAUUUGUGUCUAAAUUAGCUUUCCAGAAGACUAUUUCGAAUUACUAAACAAAGUGAUAGGUGGCAGUGUUUAUUAUGUCUCUUCCGAAAACGCCCUCCAACCCGCUAAACUCUGCAUCGACAUCUGAGAGCAAAAAGUUAAAAGUAUCUGUAGCCAAGGAAGAGACCAGAGGACUUCCUGAGCUAAAGGAGAAAAAAAAUAUGGUGGAUCGUUCAAAACCCCUUCCUACUUCUCUUCAGAAUGACUUCAUUCCUGAAGAAGUUCUUCUUUCUCUGACCUAUUCGGCCAAUGCCGGUCCUUGUCCUGAAAACUUACUGCCUCCUAAGAAAAUUAAAACUCCAAAGGGCACUCUUCCCCGCCUUGUGGACCAUGUCUGGCAUCAUCCUGUUCGAAGGAAUAAAUUCAAAUACCUGAUUGACCAUCCUGUCUCCUUCACGGGAGCUGGAAGGGAUAUUUCUUUUCUGUAUAAUGUUAAAUAUGCCAAAGGACAGACUAAGGAGAAAGCAGUUUGUCCCCCGCAUUUGGCCCCUUCAUUGCAGUCACACGAUGGUGUCAUGGUACCCCAUAAGCCAAAGAGACUAACAGAUACUUUGAUUCCUGAAGAAUUUCAUAUUGUGUCAAGUACAGGAGUUUCAGGUUUGGAGUAUUAUGAUGACAAAUACACCACUCUCCUCACAGAUAGUGAAAACAGACUCUUGCUCUUCCCAUCCAUGAAACCUAAUAAAAGAGUAGAAGUGGCCAAGCUGAAUGAUGUGAUGGAUGCUAUGCUAGAGAGGGCUGGUGUGGAAAGUCAGGAAUAUACAGGACCAACCAAGAUGCACAAACUGCUACAUAUAUUGAAGAAGGAACAGACCAUUUACAAUACGAUAUUUCAUGAACUUAUUCGACAAGUCACUGUGGACUGUGCAGACAGAGGAGAACUUCUGUCUAAAGUCAGAGAGAGGUAUGUGCAAAUGCUUGACCAGAUUGCCCGGCAGAUGAUUGAUUUCUACAAAGACUUGGUAACUCAGCGAGUGAUGGACCAGCGCAUUUUAGAAGAAUUGUAUAAUUUCAAGCAUGUUAUUGAAGAACUGACCAGGGAACUGUGUCUAGUUCAGGCACAUGAUGUAAAAUUAACAAAGGAAACAGAAAAGGCCCACAAGGAUUUGGCACAAGCUCUUUUAGAUGCUGAAAAGAAUGCCCGAAUGGUAGAAGAAUAUCAUGAUUUAUACACAUUACAAAGAGAAAGGAUGGAGAAUGAUAUGAAACAGUUAAUGGCAGAAAGAGAUAUCUGGAGCUCAGCUACAUAUGAAUUGGCCCUAAAGGUAAUUGAAAGAAAUAGAGUCAUAUUGGCUAAAAGACUUUACCUUAAUGAAAAAGGCUGGAAUAAAUACACCAAGCAUUUCAUCAUACAGCUGUCAAACAAGGACACUGAAGACCUGGCACUGUUGCAGAAGUUGACACAGAAAUGGAUAAACUUAGUGAAUAAAUUUAAACAAGAGGUAGAACAAAUGGAAGAGUCUACAAUGGGGACUUUGAAAAUGGUUAAGGACGGGCUGAUCAAAUGGCAGGAGUUCUUCAAUGAAAAAGACAUUUUAUCCCCUGAUAAGGGAAAUAUGUUUGAUUCAGUUCUUCUAGACUUCAAGCAAUGGCAUAAGAUCCUGAAUGAGAAAAGAGAAGAGUUUACUGGGGAUAUUCUACUAUCAAAGUACGAUACUCUCAAGAUUAUUAAACAUUUACAGGAAAACUGGGCAGAUAUUGGGCUUGGGCUAUUUAAUCGCCACAAAAGUUUGGAGGGGGAGAUGCCAUCAGAGCAACAGUAUAUGGAGGAAAUUAUCAAAAACACACGAAGUCUCUACAAAGAAUAUGAAAUAAGAAUAAAUGGGGACAAUGGUAUCUCCAAAAUUCUUCCAAAUUUGAUUAGUUCUCUUGACUUCUGUUCUUUCAAAUUGGAAAACCUGGAGUUUCCAGAUACACCUCUUGAAGAAUGGCAGGAAAUAAAAGAAAAAAUUAAUGAAAUGAAAUCACAGUUGGAUAUAUUGUUAAGCACUACUGGUAUAGACAAGGAUUCUGGUUUGGUACUCCAAGCAUAUAUACUUAACAUGAUUCAACAAUGGCUUUUGAAGAUAGGCAAUGAAAUUAACAACGGUAACAUUGAACUUCAGCACCACAUGGAUGAGUUGCAUAUAUCUAUGAUCCAGUGGAUGGUAAACUUGCUGAUUUUAAUGAUACCUGACUUUACUGACCAAGACUGUCUCCUAAAGUUGGAGGAGGAAAGUGCUGAGAAACAUGAUAUAGGAGUUGCACGAUUAGAGCUCGAUGCGAUUGAACUGACGAGGAAGCUGUACCAAUACUCCAGCUAUUUGAGCAGUUGUUGCAAAGGGAUGGUGUCAGCAAUGGCUCUGCGUAGAUCCACUAACUCACACAAAAAUUCUACUGAAGACAUUUAUGAGGUGAAUAAGUUGAAGAAAGAAUGUUAUGAAUGGAUCAACACAUGCUCUUGCCUCCUUUCUAAUAUCAAAGGCAGAAAAAUUACAUUAUUGACAUAUGAAGAAAUAGAGGAGCUACUUGAAGAAAAGGAGGUUAUAAAAGAAUUCAUUGAGCCUGAAAUGGACGAGUGUUUUAAAGAAGAUGAAGAAGAAAGUAAGGAGGAUAGGAAACUUCAGGAGGAAAAUAAAGAGAGAGCAGAACAACCUUCAACAUCUACAGAGAAGGAAACACUCAUUCGAUUCAUUGGAGAAGAUGAAAAUAUUCAUUCCAAACCUCUAUUUGAAACAGAUGUGUUGUCUUCUUGGAGAGAAUCAGCUAAGCAAGGUACAUUGGCCCAAAAAUAUCUUGAAGCAGUGGCUGUAAUUGAACAUAUGCAGGAGAAGUUACUGGAGGUUGAAAAUAGAGCCAUGCAAGCAGAGGAAAAGUUUGAAGAUGCAUAUGAGAAACUUCAUCAUACACUUAUAAAAAAUAAAGAUCUAGAGGAGUUAGUCAUGACAUCAAGAAAGGAGUCUAAAGGAGAGAAAGAAAAUGAAGGAGAAAGAGAAGUCAAAGAAGAAGAAGACCAAGAACAAGAAGAAGUCAGGUCAGCAGAAAAUUCCUCAAAGUCUCCAAAGAAAGAGGUACCACGCAAGGAGGGUGCUCUCAACAUUAAAUCCAGAAUCCGGACUAAAUUUGAUGACAAAACGAAACCCAAGUAGUGUCCACAGAGCUCUGGGGUUCACAAUGGCUCUAUCCACUGAACACACCUCAGAUACUGCUAUGUCAUAGAGCUGAUGUGGCUCAAUUGGAGGGACUACCUUUGUGACAGUCACUAGAAAAGCCACAACAUACAACCCAAGAGCAUUUUCUCUUUAAAAGUCACAGAGAUGGUUGUAGGGAGUCAGUGCAUUAGCUCACUUCUCACAUUAAAAAUAGCUUGUGCAA